CCCAGAGUUCUUCGCGCAAACACGGGUAUCCGAUUACUGGCAACUUAUUCAUUGUAAAAUUCAUAGCUCAAGAUCGAGAUCAAAGAAGCUCUACGCAUCGGGAGGGAAAACCGUUCUCUCAAUCAUCAAAUCAAACAUGUUAAUCUAAACUUGUUAUUGUAAUUUUCACGCUCUUCUUUACUGUAAAAUUUUUUUGAGCUCUCCUUCCCGCUUUUGUACUCAUUAACAUUUUCGAGUAUGCUUGGAGUAUGCUCUAUGCACAUAUUGCAACGGACCGAUGAAGGAUUGGACAUGGAUUGGCUUGAGGGCGUUAGACGAGCUCGUGACAAGAAUCAAAUGUCACACGCAAUAUCACAACAUUCUGGUUGCACCUGAACAAAAUAACUCACACGGACGGACAGAAUAGAGGUAAGGAGCAUUAAACUUCUGAACUGGGCCGUAACUAUGAAGAUCAUCUGUGCAGGAAUUAUGAAAACCGGUACUAAAUCGAUGGCCAAAGCCUUGCAGUACCUUGGCUUUAAAGUGUUCGACUGGGAAGAGCAAACUUUGGACUUUGUGGAUCACUGGCUCGACGUUUUUCAAAAUGGCGCCACGCUAGAUGCAAAGCGAGUUUACCAUAACGCCGAUGCAUUCGUGGAUUUCCCUGGAUACUUCUUCGUUGAGGAAAUACUGGAAGCUUUUCCUGACUGUAAAGUGAUUCUGAUGGUAAGAGAGGAAGAUUCGUGGGUAGAAAGUCUUUCUUAUCAUUUUGAAUCAUUGUAUGCUGCAAGGUCCAAGGUUGCCAUGUUGUUAUCCCCCACCGCAAAGAAGGUGUCUUAUGUAGUCAAGUCCUUCCUUAAUGCCGCCAUUGGAUCUUCCUACUCCAAGUACAAGUCCACCUGUGUUUUCAGAAAGCGAUAUCGUAUCCACAACGACCGAGUUAAGUCCAUUGUUCCCGCUGACAAACUGUUAGUGUACAACGUAAAAGAAGGAUGGAAGCCAUUGUGUGAUUUCUUGGAGUGUGAAGUCCCAACUGUUGCCUUUCCACAUGAAAAUAUCAAAGCUGAGAUUAUUGGCACACUUCCCGAGACCAGAUAUGGCCAGCAGGUGAAAAGGGAGGUGCAGAGAGGUUUUUUUGCAAUCGGUUCAGUUCUUGUAAUAAUUGUAGCAACAGUUUUGGCCAUCUGCUUAAAUCAGUGACACUGGUCUAAGGGUAAAUUCAAACACUGACUGGUAGGGUACUUGAAGGGCGAACAUUUUACGUAAAUAUCUUUGUUUCUAGUUUCUUUUUUGAUCCAAUGUAGAACAUAUCACAUAUAUUGCUACUAUAUCUAAAUCAUUUGAUAAUUCAAUUCAAUUGCUUUCAUUGGCUUAGCCAUCAUGGUAUAUUUAACAAUUAUUCCAUGAGCGCGC